UCGUUCCGUGCAGCAAAUGUUCUCCUAGCACGAGAUAGAGUUGUUCUAAAUUUAUAUUAUAAUAAUUUGUAUAUUUUUAACUAUAUAUGUAUUAUGUAAAUAGAUGUGAUAAAUAUGGCACGAUGUUUGCGACCUCUGUUUCAGCGCUCGGGUUUGAUGUGUCCGCGGACACAGCCAGGGGAGCUUGCCAGAGUUCAUAGCAGUCAGAAACAGAAUCCCCCAGAUUCAGAACAAACUUCACUUUAUAUCCAUUGGCCGUUCUGUUUGAAGCGAUGUUCUUACUGUAACUUUAACAAGUACAUCCCUCGCUCAGUGGACAACGAGGUUAUGACCGAGUGUCUUCAGCAGGAGACACGGACACUUCUGCAGCUCAGUCGUGUUUCUCAGAUCAGUUCUGUGUUUUUCGGUGGAGGAACUCCCAGUCUGGCCAGAGCCUCCACUGUAGCUGCUGUGCUGGAGACUGUCUCUGCACACGCACGACUCUGUGAACACGCCGAGGUGACGCUGGAGGUGAACCCUGCGCCUGCAGGAAGAACCGCGCUCCCAGACUUCCUGUCUGCCGGAGUCAAUCGCUUUUCUGUUGGGGUGCAGGCUCUGAACGAGGCCAGUCUCAGGGUUCUUGGGAGAGAUCAUGACCCACAGCAGGCUCUGCAGACGCUGGAGGAGGCUCGGACCCUCUGCCCCGGCCGCGUGUCGGUUGACGUCAUGUUCGGAAUUCCGGGCCAGAGCGUGGCAUCAUGGGAGAGCGAGCUGGAGGAGGUUCUGCGUGUUUGUGAUGAUCACGUGUCUCUGUACCAGCUGACCCUGGAGAGAGGAACUCACCUGUACAAGCAGGUACAGCAGGGAGAAGUCAGCAUGCCUAGUGAUGAUGUCACUGCCUCCAUGUACCGAUCCGCCCGAAAAAUUCUGGAGCAGGCCGGAUUCCUGCAGUAUGAAGUGUCUAACUUUGCCAGACAGAAUGCUGUAAGCACACACAACCUAGGCUACUGGAGAGCACAGCCAUAUAUAGGAGUUGGACCUGGAGCUCAUGGCCGCUUCGUUCCCCGAGCGCUGGGCGUGGCUCAUCGGGAGGCGCGCACUCAGACGUUAGAGCCGGACUACUGGAUGAGAGAAGUUCAGCAGCACGGACACGCCACACGCAGACGCAUUCAGCUCAGCCAGUUGGGCCUGUUGGAGGAGGUGCUGGUUAUGGGACUCCGACUGACUGAUGGAAUUUCCCACCAGCACUGGGCAGCGUUCAGCCCUGAAGCGGAUCUACACCAGGUUCUCGGUGCCUCAGCAGACAUUCAGGAGCUUCAGCAGAGAGGUAUCCUCAUCCUCGACGACAGGGGACUGCGCUGUUCCUGGGAGGGUUUAGCGUUAUUGGACAGUAUCUUACCUGUUUUGCUGCUGGAGUUGGACACAUUCUUCCACACAGACAUGCAGAUGGACAGAGAGAGGAGUGAGAAUCCAUAAAUUCUGUGCAGCCAGACUACCUGAAAGAAACGACCAGAUUCUCCUUCCUCCACUGGUUGAUCCUGAAAUGAAGAUGCCGAAGCUUUACAUCAAGACUGUAAUUAUUAUGUCAUUAUGCCACUGUAAAUGGUUUAUUUAAUUCCCUCAGGAGUUCAUCAGGAUAACAAACACAACACUAUUAAGUAGUCUUCUGGGAGGUGCAGAGGCAAGUGCAGACUUUUACAUGAACAGGUCAUGUGACAUCCUGGGGCUGAUGGGUAAUGUAGUCCAGUGCCGAUUUGGGGGUCAACCUGACAGUGGUUCUUUGUACUCAAUAAUUAAAUAUCAUUCAUUUCUGCUUUAACAAAACAAAACGGAUUCCAUCCCAUAACUGGUUUAACCCAUAACUUUCUUUUUUCUAUCAUUUUUAUUUAAUAACAUGUUUUCUAAAGACUGUGAAAAGCAGCUAUGUAAAUUUUUACACAACAGUAGCUGUGUAGCUGUCUUUAUUAUUAUUAUUGUUGUUGUUGUUCUGUUGUUGUUUAUUUAUUUUUUUCUAAUAAAUGAAAGCCUCUGGGUUGGGUGAUGUCACAUGAUGUUUAAUCUGUGAUGUAAUUAACAUUGUGGUCUAAUAUAUUACAUAUACUGAGAAAUAUUCACACACAGUGAGUGUUUUCACUGUCUUCAAGUGUCAUGUUGUAAGAAAAUAAUUAACAUAUUCGUAUAUGCAUAUUUUUUUAUUUUUCCAUACACUUUCUUCCCUUUCCCACCUGUAUAGUAAAUUCUAUUUUUAUUAUAAUUCUAUUCUUCUAUUCUCUAUUUUAUGACGCAGGCAGUCAAUAAAACUUUUACGACGCUUCAUACUGUGUAUGGUUGUGUAUGUGACAAAUAAGGAAUUAAUUUGUAAUAAAGUGUGUUACAGGUGCUUGAGAAUUUGCA